UAGCGCGACACAGCACUAUCGUAUACAGUGGAUUUGGUGGUUGGAUAUUAUGGAAGUUGUCAAUCUGUUUUAAUGUUGGAAUAUACCAGGAUACCAUCAAAAUGAGUGAAAAACAACCACUAUCAAAGAAACAGCUCAAGCUGAGGAGUGGUAAAGUUGUUCCGCCACUUUUCCCCGAGGAGGUACCGCCACACACGAAUAAGCGUCCAGUAAGAUAUUCCUCCCUCGAUAACUUCCCUGACGCCAUAUCACCAACACGAUCUCUCGGCAAUGCCCGAACUUGGACAUCCAAGAGCGGAACACAAUCGGAGAGAGACUUCCUUCUCCUCCGGAAGAUGAUUGAAAUGGGAGAAUUCCAACGACCCAAUGAGAAACUUCCUUUCAAAAACCGACGACUCAAGGCCCAGGAGAAGAGAAUAGACACUCCCCCAACCCCGAAGCCAUGUCAAAGACAACCAGUACGAUCGAAAUCUACUUCCAGGAGAGUGCCGGACCGAUUCAACUUAGGACAAAUAAAACGGAUCUCCAUUGCUGACUUUCGACGCACGAAAAUGCCCGGAUUUCUGAGUUUCGUUUGUCAACGGAAACACGCACCGGUGGAUCUACUGGAGAAAACACGAUCGAUUCACUGUGACCUGUUUGGUCCGGGUCUGUGUCCAGAUUGCCAGAAGUUGGAGAACAGGUAUGACUUUACCCAGGCCCAAGAUGACCUGUUUCCUUAUCUGAAGGUCACCUCCCGAUCCUUGGUGGCGGCUCCUAAACUGAAGAACCAACCAACGCCGAUCUAUCUUCAGGGUAAAUGGCAUCUUUCCGCGAAGAAGGAAGCUGGGACUAAAGCCCUGGGGAGUGUGUACACUCAGCUGGAUCUGUAUCACAGGAUGGUCAGGGACAAGGAGGGGAACAAGAGAUGGGAUCUUAUGACGUAUGGCUAGCUAAUGUUAAGCCCUACCGAUAUGUACUCAAGGGCCAAACAACAAUGAUCAUCAGGAUUUAUUUCCUUCUAAAAUUACAUUAAUGUUGAUGGACUUCUUCGCGUUUGAGAAUGUGUGACUUUUAACCUCGGGUGAUGAAAUAUCAACGUAUUGCCUCACCAGAACUGCACAGAACAUGCCAUAGUAUAUGCUUUGAAACAGAGGUAUACAAGUGUCAAUUUACAUUUCUUAUUGAAAGUAAUUGUUCGUUUAUUACGCAUGAUGUUUUUUAUCAUUAUGUGAAUAUUAUCAAUGUGUACAACAUAGUACCUGCCGAUGAAUGUUGUUAUCUCCGGCAUGUUUGUUUGUUUGUUGCUUCAGGCCGCAAUAUUCCAGCUUCAUGAAGG